AUGAGUUUUAUCGAUCCCAAACUUGAAGGUGAUGCUGCAAAUGCUCAUAAUCCUACCGAUCUUACGAGUGAAACAACUGAUCAAACACCAACAUACAAAACAUACUUGUGUGAUCCUACAUCAUUAUAUUACGAUGAAUAUUUUUGUGAAAAUGAUGAUCGUACAAAUUUACGUCUUCGCAGAUUACAAGAUACAACUAUUCUCCCAAUGAAAAUUUUCAAUGGACUUGAGAACCUCAUAACUUUGGAUUUAUCAUCAAUUGGACUGACGGAACUAAAGUCUGAUAUUUUUUAUGGUCUGUCUAAACUUACUCAAUUGUCUCUCUGUCAUAAUAAAUUAGUCGCUUUGCCAAAUGGAAUUUUCAAUGAAUUACACUCACUAGAAGAGUUAGAUUUAUACGGUAAUAAAUUGACAAGCCUUCAAUCUGAUAUUUUUAGGAGUUUAACUAAUCUUACAAAACUAGAUAUCAGUUAUAAUAAAUUAGUCAUUUUGCCAAAUACAAUUUUUGAUAAAUUACGAUCGUUAAAAGAGUUGAUGUUACCAUGCAAUGAAUUGACAAGUCUUGAUAUUGAUAUUUUUAGGGGUUUGACUAACCUUUUAAAACUAGAUAUCAGUUUCAAUGAAUUGUCAUCACUGCCAAAUACAAUUUUCAAUGAUUCAAGAUUGUUACAAGAAUUAAAUUUGAGAAAAAUUGGAUUGACAAGUCUGGAAUCUAAUAUUUUCAGUGGUUUUUCUUGUCUUUCAAAACUAGAUAUCAGUGAUAACAAAUUAUCGUCUUUACCAAAAGCAAUUUUUAAUGGAUUACAAUCAUUGGAAGAACUUAUGUUGCAAAAAAAUAAAUUAACAAGUCUUGAUUCUGAUAUUUUUAGUGGUUUGUCUAAACUUUCAACACUGGUUAUAAGUGAAAAUAAUUUAUCGUCUUUACCAAAAACAAUUUUUAAUGGAAUGGAAUCUUUGGAACGCCUGUAUUUAGAGUCAAAUCAAUUGACAAGUCUCGAGACUGAUAUUUUUAAUGGCUUGCCAAAACUCGUCCAUGUAAAUUUAUGUGAUAAUAAAUUGAUUCUGCCAAAUCCAAUUUUCAAGGAAACAAAAAACUUACAAUCAUUGAUUCUAAGUUCGAAUAAAUUGGAAAGUCUAACAGCUGAUUUUUUUAAUGGUAUGUCUCAAUUUCAAAUGCUGCUUCUUGCAGAUAAUCAAUUAUCAUUUUUGCCCAAAACAAUUUUUCAUGGAUUAGUUAAUUUAGAUCGAGUAGCUUUGAGUUCAAACAAAUUAAAAAGUCUUGAUGCUGAAACGUUUACUGGCUUGUCUCAAGUCAAGCAUUUAUUUAUCGACAAUAAUGAAUUAUCGACAUUGCCUGAUACAAUUUUUCAUGAUACAAAAAGUUUAGAGCUGUUGUCAUUAGAUUCAAAUAAAUUAAAAAUUCUAACACCAGAUAUUUUCAAUGGUUUGUCUUGUCUCCGGAUGUUGCAUAUCAAUAAUAAUGAAUUAGUAUCUUUGCCAAAAACAAUAUUCAAUGAAUUAAAAUUUUUAACAAGUUUAUCUUUGCACUCAAACAAAUUACAAAGCCUUGAGGCUGAUAUUUUUAUUGGUUUGUCUGGACUACAGUCUUUAAGUAUCAGCAAUAAUGAGCUAUCUACUUUGCCAAGUAAAAUUUUCAGUGAUAUAAAUAGUUUAACAGAAUUGUCAUUGGAAUCAAAUAAACUAAAAAUACUUCCUUUAGAUGCAUUUGAUGAUCAAACAAAUUAA